CAAAUAAUAGCAAAAAGGGUCACCAGUCUCCUGCCCCUUUCUCUCCCUCCGUAAACACCAUGGUCAACUAUGAAUGUCCCCCAAUCGUGCAGCCGAGGAUUGUGAGCAACUCAGAAAAGCCUUCGCAUGUAUGUUAUCAUCAUCAUUCCCAAAUCGAAAUGAAGGGUGCAGGGUGGGGUAUAAAUGAGGCUUUGAUCAUAUCCAUCUUGCCUCAUACGAAUGAAGCACAAGGUGGGUUGAUUGUUGAAGUGGGAGCUUUGUCACUAUCAAUAGAAAUACUUCAAAAUAAGAGGCUUAACAUCAGAUGAAAGAUGAGAAGAGAAAAACAGAGAAGUCUAGAUGAUCAAGAUAGUUUAUUUUAUAGGAAGCCAAUCUAUGUUAAGAGUUGGAUAAUAAGAUACCAACCUUCUUUUAAAUUUUUACAUUGUAACUAUUUUCAUCAAAUAGUAUCAUAUACGUUUCGGGAC